AAUACUUGCUUAAUUUUUCAAAAGUUACUUUUAAUCUGAAAAACAAAACAAAAACAACAAAAACGAUAGGAACGUAUGCUGUUUAAAAUAUGAGAGCGCAGCAGAGUCUGGGUGCUAAUGCAGCAUCCCGGAUGUAGGGAAGCAACAUCCAGUCAUCGUACGUACUGGAAGCCGUCAUCCAUACACUCGCAGCUACGUAGGCUGACAUCCACCGAGAGGACUGGUGAGGAGGAGGAGGAGUAGGAGGAGGAGGAGGAGGAAGAAGAAGAGGAGGAGAAAGAGGAGAUGUCUGUGACGGUCUCUGUGUUUGUGUUCUCCUGGGCGGACUGUGCUCCUCUCCGCAUCCCCGGCCCCAGAGACGCUCCGUUCGGAAGAGACGCCUUCAGUCCGGCUUCUUCUCGCAGCGUCGCGCGGCUUCACCGGCCAUCCUAACCAGAUGCUCUCCGCCGGACCGGACCCGCUCAGUUUCACGCCGACCUACCCCAGCGGAGCCUGAGCUCGAAGGAUGCAGGUGAAAAGCCAGAUCUGCACCGAGAGGAGCAGCACGGACGAUCAAGAGCAGGAUGACAACCAGAAGAAGACCUCCUGCUUUUCCAACAUCAAGAUUUUCCUGGUGGCGGAAUGCGCGCUCAUGCUGGCACAGGGCACCGUGGGCGCCUAUCUGGUAAGUGUUCUGACGACUCUUGAGAGACGUUUUAACCUCCAGAGUGCCGAUGUGGGUGUCAUUGCCAGCAGCUUUGAAAUUGGCAACCUGGCCCUGAUCCUGUUUGUCAGCUACUUCGGCGCCAAGGCCCACCGACCCCGGCUGAUUGGCUGUGGGGGGGUUGUUAUGGCAUUGGGGGCUCUGCUCUCAGCUCUACCAGAGUUUUUGACUCAUCAGUAUGAGUACGAGGCAGGGGACUCAUGGCAUGCCGAGGACGGCAGGGUCAUCUGCUCCAACAAAACCAGGUCAGAGAAUCGGGACUCUGGUUUUAACUGCGGCAACCGAGCCAACACCAACAUGAUGUACCUUCUGCUCAUCGGAGCUCAGGUUCUGCUCGGCAUCGGGGCCACUCCCGUCCAGCCUCUGGGAGUGUCGUACAUUGAUGACCAUGUCCACAAAAAGGACUCUUCAUUGUAUAUAGGUAUCUUAUUUUCAACGCUAGUUUUCGGCCCAGCUUGUGGCUUCAUCCUAGGUUCCAUCUGUACCAAAGUCUACGUUGAUGCUGUUUUCAUCGACACCAGUAAGCUGGACAUCACCCCGGAUGACCCUCGCUGGAUCGGGGCGUGGUGGGGCGGCUUCCUCCUCUGCAGUGCCUUACUCUUCCUGUCGGCCCUCUUCAUGUUCGGCUUCCCCCAGGCGCUGGACGAGCAGGACAUGGACGCUCGAGGGGAGAGUGAGCAGGCCAUGCUGCCCACCUCCUUGAGCCUGGAGAGCCAGGACUCUAAAUCCAACGGAGAGUUUCGUGGCUUCGACAUGAACAGCGGACUCUCGGUCUGGGAGCAUCUGAGAGUGAUCCCCCGGGUAACCAGACAUCUUCUGUCCAACCCGGUGUUCAGCUGCAUCACGCUGGCCGCCUGCAUGGAGAUAGCUGUGGUUGCUGGUUUUGCUGCUUUCCUUGGGAAAUACCUGGAGCAGCAGUUCAACCUCACCACUUCCUCAGCUAAUCAGCUGCUAGGUAUGACCGCCAUCCCCUGUGCCUGUCUGGGUAUCUUCCUUGGGGGGCUCCUGGUUAAGAAGCUGAACCUCUCGGCUCUCGGAGCGGUCCGCAUGGCCAUGCUGGUCAACCUGGUGUCCACGGCCUGCUACGUCUCUUUCCUCUUCUUGGGCUGUGACACGGGGCCUGUUGCUGGGGUUACGGUGGCCUACAACAAUGAGACGCUGCAGUCGAAGAAGCAACCCGAGUCAGGCUGCAACAGUAACUGCAACUGUUACACCGCCUCAGUGAGUCCCGUCUGUGGCUCCAACGGAGUCACCUACAUCUCAGCCUGCUUCGCUGGCUGCACCAAACCAAACCUGAGCAGCUGUGGGUGCAUACCCAGCAUCGGCGGCGAGAACGAGGCCUCACCAGGGAAGUGCUCUAGCCCCCGCUGUCAGUAUGCGUUUCUCACCUUCCUGUGUGUCAUCUGUGUAUGCAGCAUGAUCGGAGCCAUGGCCCAGACGCCCUCCGUCAUCAUCCUUAUCAGAACUGUAAGCCCUGAGCUUAAAUCAUAUGCUCUUGGAGUUCUCUUCCUCCUCUUGAGGCUGAUAGGCUUCAUCCCUCCCCCUCUGAUCUUUGGUAUGGGCAUCGACUCCACCUGUCUGUCCUGGAGCUCGGUCUGCGGCGAGAAGGGCGCCUGCAUGCUGUACGACAACGUGGCCUACAGGCAUCUGUACGUCAGCAUCGCCAUUGUGCUCAAGUCCUCGGCGUUCCUCCUGUACGCCACCACGUGGCAGUGCUUGAAAAGCAACUAUAGGAGGUACAUCAAGAACAACGAGGGCUACCUCACGCCCACUGAACUUUUCGCCUCCAAUGUGACUCUGGACAAUUUGGGUAAAGAGAUUACCCAGAACCCAAGUAACAGGACAAAGUUUAUAUACAACCUGGAGGACCAGGAGACGAGUGACAACAUGGAGUCGGUUUUAUAGUGGCAAUUUACACGAGGCCAGCAGGUUCCACUAGUGUGCAUCUGAUCUGAUGUACAGUCUCUCUCUCUCUCUGUGUUGUGCAACAUGUAGAGCAUUGUUCAUCCAAAACAUUAGAUCUGUUAAAAACAGUAACGGGACUUCCAAAAAAAAGGAAAGAAAAAACAACAUUCAAAAUCACAAACUGACUUAGUAACGCAUUUAGUCAUUUGUGGUAUUUUUUUCACCAUUCAGUCUGAAAGUAAUUAAGGGUCAAAUAAAAUGUAACAGUGUUGGAAACCAAAAGUAUGGUGCUGGUCAGAGGUUCACAUUCACUCCUCGUUGUCAUGAAAGUUAACGUUGAGUUUUUUGAUAUGCGUAACACCAAAACCUACAUUCUUUUGUAGUCAUAAAAACACUUCUGGCAUAACUAUGCCAGCAUAUUUGACCACUCUUUCUACAAGAAUUGAUAGAUUAGCAUAGCAUUAUGCUAAUACAAUUAGCACACCAACUUUCUUUGAUCUAUCCCAGUGGGCAGCUGCAAAUUUCAGUCAAGUUUGAAGGCAUCAGUGUUGGUGACAUGGUUUUAGAUAAACUGAAAGCACAUCCAAACUAAUUUUGGUUUGAAAUACGAAGGCUGACUUUAAGUUUAUGGAACGGCUCUGACCUCAGCCAUAUUGAAAAUUUAAAGACUAUUUUCUGAAGUCUGCUCUGUGGCAAGAAACCAACAUAUUUCAAUGAGUUCCACUAUCUUUGAUGAGCAGAAUGGUCAAAUAUCAAGCCUGUGUGUGUUAUUGUGCAUACAGAUCCAAAUAUUUAAAAUAACUGUAUAAAAUAAUGUAAGAUAACACGUAUUUACCCCACAUCGUAGUGUUACGAUAAUUCUACCAUGACACAGGAGACUUAACCCCCCCCCCAAAAUGAAUAGGACUUUCUUGACAGUGAUUAAUGUAUGUAAAUUUCUGACCAGCACUGUUGAUUUAUAUUAGGGUCAUGCCUACUUUUUAGAUCUGAGUAAAAACCAGUUGAGCGUUUCUCAGGUGAGAUUAGAGUAGAGAUGAAAAAUUUACAGUUUUUAAGCCUGAACUACUUGGAAACCAAACCAGAAGGAUUUUUAAAACUAACAUUUGUUAAUACUCUCCAAAACUCAUACUCAGUUUAUUCCUUAUGUUGAAAAAACAAAAAAAACUUAUUUUAGGUAUUAAAUCAAACGAAAAUAUUUAAAAGAAAUGAAUACUAAAACAUGUUUCUUCUUGUUUUUGCGCCAGCAGCCACCUCAAGGGAUUUAUUAUUCAAAAGUUUUAUAUUCUCUAAAGAUUUCUCAGAUAUCUAAAGGGGGGCGGUGAAGGCUACUCAACCAAUUUUAUUUACUGAAUUUUCAGACAUACCUAAAAUACAUGAAUGUGAACCAAAAACAAGUAAUAAUUACAUCCUGUGAUAACGCCUUGGUACAUGCUGGACCAGACCAAUUUUCCUGAACAGUGAGCUCUUUCCUUAAACUUCAACAGAAAGCAUACAGAUUGCAAGAAAAAAUAAAUAAAAAAAACUUUAAACAUGCACUUAUAAAUACAAAUGUUACGUAACUAUCUUUGUAGCGUAAAAAAGAAAUACCUGAUUCAGCUAAACCAACAACAUAAUUCUAUCAGGACUGACAAAGACAUGCAGAUUAACUGAGUGGUCUAAUCCUACUUGUGGGGAUGUGCCCUGCAGCAGUCAUGCAUGGAUUUAAAAAAAAAAAAAAAAAAAAAAGCAACAUAACACAACAAGCAAGAGACUUUGUGAAUAUGUUUCUUUCACGUUAUGGGAAAACGAGUUGAACGCGAGAGCAACGCAACGAGACCUUUUGAGUCGCAGGAAAAACGGCUGUUAGCAUUAUGCCAGAGAUUGCUACAGUCAAACGCAUGCUGGUAACGCAUGCAUUUAAACAUGAAGACAAACAUUCAGUAUAAAGUCACCGAGUUUUACAAUUCUUUUGGCGGCAGCUCCUCAGCUGAACAUACAGUAUAUUAAACAUAAGAGUCCUUCAAACUGUUUUUUGGACUGUGAAAGAGCUUUAUGAUGCAUAAUGCAUUGCGAUGUUGCCAUUUUUUUAUAUUCUAACUAUGCCGAGUCAUAAUCACUUAAGUGAUCGAAGUGGUUUUUUUUUUUUUUUGUGGGUGUGUAUGUGUGUGUGAUUUAAAUGUUUUGUUUUUAAAACUGAUCUAAAGAGAUGUCUUGCAUACAUUAUAUUUAUUGAAACCCCGGGUAACUGCGUGUGAAACUUUAAAACAAAAUCAGCCUUUUAUUUUCAACAAUUACUGCACCACCGCUAAGUUCUCUGGGGACUGCGGUGGCCGUGGACGAAGGUUUUGUUUUUAUGUUUCUCUGUUGAUUUGGCCAAAUGUUUUCACUUCUCUGCUGGACAUUCAGCAGAGAAGGGCUAAUAGACAUUCAUUCAGAAAUUGCUGGGAUUUCAAAGAGUUUAUGAUGCCCCGCACUUUACCAAGGAUUUGAUUAUCUUUGGAGAAACAGGCCCACUGGCUUUUACGCACCUUUCUCAUUAGUCCCAAUAAAUAUAGCCAGCACUGUACUGUACACAGUUCAGCACAGUAUAGUGCCACUUUCCAGCCACUUCAGUAUUAUGUUUGUUUUGCAUCAAAAAUUCUCUACUGUUCCCAAUUCUGUUUAAAUAUGUGUGAUGUGGUAGGGAACUCAAGUUGAAUACUGGAAACAGAAGCAGUUUAGCUAACCCGAAAAUUAGAAAACGACGAGUGGCUAGUGUGACUGGGUAGCUGUUAGCUAGCUAACUCUUUUUUAGCUAUAGGAAUAGGAUUUGUGGUCAAGUGAACAAGGGUUUAGUUGUUUGCCAACCGCCAAUUAGAUGAAGAAAAUGAAGAGAGAACAAAAGGCGGUAUGCGUUAGGUCUAAGGGUGCUGGCAGCUAACUUUUGUUGAGCCUGCCAGCAUGGAGCCGUGGUAGCUGCUUUGACUUGUGCUCCAAAUGUGUCUAGUUUUCUAAUUAGAAUAAAGGUUUUUUUUUUUUUGUUUUUUUUUAAAAAAGGCAUGUAAGGACAAUCCCAAAGAUUAUUAAUUCAUCUUUGAACUCGCAAAAGUCCACUUUUGCUUUCUGUUAAUCCGAUUUAUGGGGAAUUAUGCCACAUAUUGUGUUUCAAAAACUAUUUUUGCCGGUUAUUUUCGAAGCACACAACCCGUUGAAGAUCAUUUGUACCUACUUUAAUAAAGUAUUUAGAUAGCAGAGGAUUUAAGUACUAUAUUGAUGCUUCUGUAGCAUCAGAAACAGAUAAUUAUAUAAAUUAAAAGUGAUGUGGGAUAGCUUUAAUAUAUUGAAUAUAGCUCUAUGUUGGAAAUCAACCCUCAAUGGACCUAAAAUUGUGAUUUUGCUUUGAAUUGUGGGUGUGAUAUACUUAAAAACUGCUUUUGUUUUUUUUUUUUUGUUUUUAUCAGAUAUUGCCUCAAAAUCUGACU